UGAGCGAGGGCCACGCUGCUUAAUUGACUCUGGGUUUGAAACAGCAGCUUAAUAACUAGGUUCCAAUUAGCCAGAACCACCUUUCCAUCCCGGGGAAUUGAAAGGAAAUGGGGGUUGCUCCGGCAUGCCUUCCCUCCACGGCAGCCUCUUUAAAAACACAUCUCCAAUAAACCAGUUGCAUUUCUCAUGCUCGGAUUUGGGUUUUCAUCUUUUUAUUAAGCAGUUAAAUCAUUACUGGUUAAAACAGCCACGAAAUUCCUUCACAGCCAUGAACAUCUCCUGGCUCUAACGGCAGAUCCAAAGAUGAGGCUGGGAGGAAACUCGAAUGGGAAAGCCUGAGAUGCUUGUGCCUGCAAUGAAAUUAUAAAUCCACAUCCCAGAGCAAAUGAGCAGUAGGAGGCAGCCAGAAAUCACCAUCAGCAGAAGCGCUGGGCUGCAGCAAGGGAUGGAAGUUGCAAGUGGAACCGAAAAGACACCCAAGGUGGGAGAGCUGUUGGCAUUUUUCCUGACAACAUCCUGCACAAAUGGAGUCAGUUCGGGCAAGAACAUCGAAUAGGGGAGCCCAUGGCACUAAAUCAGCCUGGGAUUCAGUGCUGCACCCUGCUUCUUACCCCUGAUUCCUCCCCUCAGUUUCCCCAUCUGUAAAAUGGAGGAUGUGCUGCCAACCCCUGCUUGAAAACCACUGUCGGAUGCAGUAACUGAAUCACUCAGGUGAUGCUCGUCGGCUGUCACACAACAGAUCAAGGGCAGCCCGUGUCCCCUGAGCCCUGUGACCCACAAGGCUAACGCCAGCCUGGACCAAGCAGUGAUGAAUGGAGAAGAGCAACAUUUCUGCCCUGGAAGGAUUUCGGCGCUAACAGGGGAGCUGGGCUCUCUCAGCCUCAAAACCUAAUGAACCACAUCAUCUGUAUCUGUGGGAGGCUUCAGCGGGAGCAGAGAGGGGCAAGAAGAGAGAAGGAAUGGCUGAUGCGUUUCUGUGGCACUCAUUACAGCGGAGGGGAGGGAGCGGAGUUGCUGCCUCUUGCUGCUGGAGGACUGGCAGUGCCAGAGGAGCUGAGGCUGGCUGUGCUGGAUGCUUUGCUACUUAAACAUUCCUGGUCUUGGAUGCCACAGCAGACCCAGAUGUCGGUGCAGCCCUGGACCUGCAGAACGGCGCAUGGGAGAAUGGUCGUGAGCCCGUAAGACCAUGCUCUACACAAUGAGAUGUUGGCUCCCGGUCCUGGUCCUCCACGUGGUGCUGCUGAGCCCCCGGCAGGCGGCCGCCUGCCCUGCCCGCUGCGAGUGCGCCCCGCAGAUCAAGUCGGUGGUGUGCCACCGCAAGCGGCUCACCUCCAUCCCCGAGGGCAUCCCCACCGAGACCAAGAUCCUGGAGCUCAACAAGAACCGCAUCCGCUGCCUGAACCCGGGGGACCUCUCCCCAUACCCGCUGCUGGAGGAGCUGGAUUUUAGCGAGAACAUCAUCUCCAAUGUGGAGCCGGGCGCCUUCAGCAACCUCUUCAACCUGCAGACCCUGCGGCUGCGGGGGAACCAGCUCAAGCUCAUCCCGCCGGGGGUCUUCACCAAACUGACCAACCUCACCCUCCUGGACAUCAGUGAGAACAAACUCGUCAUCCUGCUGGACUACAUGUUCCAGGACCUGCGAAACCUGAAGAGCCUGGAGGUGGGGGAUAACGAUUUGGUGUACAUCUCCCAGCGGGCCUUCUCCGGGCUGCUCGGCCUGGAGCAGUUGACCAUUGAGAAGUGCAACCUGACCUCCAUCUCUGCCGAGUCGCUCUCCUACCUCCAGAACCUGGAGGUGCUGCGGCUCCGGCACCUCAGCAUCUCUGCGCUGGAGGACCAGAACUUCAAGAAGCUCUACAACCUCCUGCAGCUGGAGAUCGACAACUGGCCGCUGCUGGAAGACAUCUCCCCCACCAGCUUUCAGGGCCUGAACCUCACCUUUCUCUCCAUCACCUACACCAACAUCACAGCCGUGCCCGCCGCUGCCUUGAGGAACCUGGUGUACCUCCGGUACCUGAACCUGUCCUACAACCCCAUUAGCACUGUGCUGAAGGGCUCCUUUAAAGACCUCAUCCGGCUCCAGGAGCUCCACAUCGUGGGUGCUCUCCUGAUGUCUGUGGAACCGCAGGCUUUCUCCGGCCUGAGACAAAUCCGGCUGCUCAACCUCUCCAGCAACUUUCUCUCCACGCUGGAGGAGAGCACCUUCCACUCCGUCAACACGCUGGAGACGCUGCGGGUGGACAGGAACCCCCUGGCCUGCGACUGCCGCCUCCUCUGGAUCCUGCAGCGCCGGAAGACGCUCAACUUCGACGGGCAGCAGCCCAUGUGCUCCUCACCGCCCGAAAUCCAGGGCAAUGCCCUGCGGGACUUCCCGGACUCCGUGCUCUUCGAGUACUUCACCUGCCAGAAGCCCAAGAUAAAGGAUCGGAAGCUGCAGCACGUGACGGCCCGGGAAGGACAGUCCGUGUCCUUCCUCUGCCGGGCGGAUGGGGAGCCAGACCCCUCCAUUGCCUGGGUGUCCCCCCAGCACCGCAUGAUCACCACCCGCAGCACGGGGCGGGUGACCGUGCUGCCUGGGGGCACCCUGGAGAUCCGCUUUGCCCAGGUGCAGGACAGCGGCACCUACAUCUGCAUCGCCAGCAACGCCGGUGGCAACGACACCUACUUCGCCACACUGACGGUCAAGGGGCGCCUGAAUGACGGCUCCCACUAUGCCAACCGGACUUUGUACCUCCAUGAGUUCAACGACACCUCUCACAAUGACACGCAGGUCUUCUUGAAGUUUACGUUGGACCUCAAGACCAUCCUGGUCUCCACGGCCAUGGGCUGCAUCACCUUCCUUGGCGUGGUGCUCUUCUGCUUCCUCCUCCUGUUUGUCUGGAGCCGGGGCCGAGGGCAGCACAAGAACAACUUCUCAGUGGAGUACUCCUUCCGCAAGGUGGACGGUCCCACCACCACCACCGGCCAAGGAGGAGCCAGGAAGUUCAACAUGAAGAUGAUCUGAGCCUCUCCUGGUGGAGAACCAUUGUCUGCUGCCUGGCUAUGGGCACAGCUGCAGGAGGAUGGGGCCGGGCUAUGUGGGAGCACUGGUGAUGUCCCAGGGCUGGCGAUGGGACAUCGCUGUGCUGGGAUAUGGCCGGAACCAUGGUCAGAACCGCAUGGACCUUGGGGUUGGAGAGUGAUGACCCCAGCCCCAUGGUGAGCCCUAGGGGCACAAAUGGCUCAGGGGCCAUCCCGGCUCCAGGGGCUCCCAAUGUAGCCAACAUCUUUGCUACCAACUAUGCAUUUCUCCAGCCAACAGAUGAGCAGCGUUUGGACCUAGGAAAAAAAAAACCAAACUGAUUCCCUUUUUCUCCCCCUUUAUCUUUUUUUUUCUUUUUUUUAAGAGACUCUGGAAAACUUUCCUGGCGGUUGGUUCUGGUUCUUCUCUUUUCUUCUUGUUGGGGUUUGGGGGAUUUUUGGUCCAAUGAUUUUUUUUUUUUUAAUGAAAUUCCAAGAGAAAAGUCUUCCGUGGCGAUGCGGGACUGGGAGAGGCACUGGGGGAGGUUGUGCUAAGUUGGGGGGGCCCCCAGCCCCUUGGCCAAGCUGGAUCCCCAAAGGCACAUCUGUGCCUGGAGAGCUUCCCAUUGGCAGAUUUAAGACGCGGCAUCUGCAAACGUGGGUGCGCAGGGAUGCUCCUGCACAAGCAAUAAUAACCCACCCAAAGCUGGGCUCUGAAGAGGCAACAGCAAGAAAUAAGUGAGAA